AUGUCUACUCACAAAGCCCUCGUCAUCCACACGCUGCAGCAGCCUCCGUCAAUUAUUGAACGGCCAACUCCAGUUCCAAAGGAUGACGAAAUUCUUUUGAAAGUAUCGAUUGUUGGAUUGAACCCCCAUGAUGCCUCAGGAAAAAGAUACGGGUUGUUCAUCAAAGACAACUUGCCCUCGCCCCUGGGAGUAGAUCUCGUUGGGGAAAUCGUUAGCUGCGGCCGCGAUGUUACCCAAUACCAGAUCGGCGAUCGCGUUUUCGCGUUCGGCAGUCCUUUUUCUGCGGACAGUACUGGCACUCAAGAAUACUGCGUCGUACCAGCAUGGCAGUCAGCCCCGCUGCCGAAGGCCAUAAGCGCUGACGAAGCGGCGACUUUCCCGCUGAACGCCAUGACCAUGGUAUUUGCCUUGUUUCACGAGACUGGCUUGAACCUGCGCAGUCCUUUUGGUGCCGACAAGGAUGAAUGCGACUACAGCGCGGAAUCAAUCCUGAUCAUCGGUGGUGGGUCUGCUACAGGCAACUUUGGCGUGCAGAUGGCUCGAUUAGCGAAGUUCGGAAACAUCAUUGUGGUGGCAUCGAAAGCAAGAGAGUCCCAGCUUAAGGCUCUCGGGGCCACGACUGUUAUUGAUCGCGCCGUGGACGAAUCUCAGAUUGAGAACCAGAUCAGGGACGUGGUCGGAGAUGAUCUGGUUUUCGCUGUGGACUGCGUCGGGCGCGGCCCAGGCGGGCAGACAUUGGGCGCCAAGGCUCUUUCCAGCCGCAAGAAAGGGGUUUUGGCCGCGUUGAUUAAGCUUGGCGACGUCGACGAGUCUCGAAUCGGGUCAAAGUUUGCUGGCUACGUUCGCAACCAAGUGUUGUGUCACACGACGAAAUAUCCGCAUAUCACAAAGGAAUUUUGGGGUGCACUGCCAAACUUGAUCGAAAGUGGUACCCUGCAGCCGACGACUUUUCAGGUUGUGGACGGUCUGGACGUUGAGACGGUCGACAGUUUCCUCGACAACUACAGUCGCGGUCUUGGACAAACAAAGCCUCACUUCCACUUAGGGAAUACCUUCAAACAGUGA